GGCAGGCGGCGGGAGAGCCGGUAGCUGGGAGGCGCCGUGCCAGUGCCACGCGCUCGGAGCGCCUUCGCAGGCGGCUGACACUGAGACCCGGCGGAAGGGCAGGCGGGGGCCUUUCUCCCCGGGGCUGAGCGUCGCGCGCUGAUGACAGAAUGACUGGCAUAGAGAAUGAAACUGUAAGAGGCAAAGCCAUGGAGGAGGAAAGCACCGAACAGAAAAAGGAACGAGAGAAAAAGAAAAGGUCGAGGGUUAAACAGGUGCUGUCAGAUAUAGCAAAACAAGUGGAUUUCUGGUUUGGCGAUGUCAACCUUCACAAAGACAAAUUCCUCCGAGAACAAAUAGAGAAGUCUAGAGAUGGAUAUGUUGACAUAUCACUUCUUGUAUCGUUCAACAAAAUGAAAAAAUUGACGACUGAUGGGAAAUUGAUAGCCCGAGCAGUUAAAAGCUCAUCUGUUGUAGAACUGGAUUUAGAGGGAACUAGAAUCAGAAGACGUCAGCCACUGGGUGAGCAACCAAAAGAUGUGGAUAGUCGUACUGUAUAUGUGGAGCUGCUUCCCAAAAAUGUCAACCACAGUUGGAUUGAGCGGGUAUUUGGGAAAUGUGGUAAUGUAGUUUAUAUCAGUAUCCCACGUUAUAAGUCCACUGGAGACCCAAAGGGAUUUGCAUUUGUUGAAUUUGAAACGAGAGAGCAAGCAGACAAAGCUAUUGAGUUUUUGAAUAAUCCACCAGAAGAAGCACCAAGAAAACCUGGGAUGUUCCCCAGAACAGUAAAAAAUAAGCCUGUUCCUGCACUGAAUACAAGUGACUGCAGUGUUGUGGAAGAGAAGAAGAAGAAAAAGAAGAAAAAAUCCAAAAUGAAGAAAGAAAGCAGCUUACAGUCAGCUGCAGAAAUGAAAGAAUCAAACAUGGACACUACUGCAGAUCAAAUAAGCAAGUCAAAGAGACACAGGACAACAUCUGAGUGCUUGGAAAUGGAAGUAUCUGGAGUCCAUAGGCAACCGUCUAAGAAAGAGAGAAAAAAAUGGGAUAGAACAGAAAGCCCAGAGUUAACUGAGGAAAGUAGGCUAGGGAAGAGAAAAAGAAGCAACUCUGGAGAUGUAGAGGCAUUAGGUACAAAAGUCAAGAAAACUGCUCAAAAAGAUGAUGUUCAUUCUGUAAAAGAAGAAACAACAGAAGCUCAAAAGGAUUCCAAAGAAGUUAAUACAGAAGAGGAGAAAGAGGGUGAUAAGAAAGACACAUCUCUUUCAAAAUCAAAAAGGAAGCAUAAGAAAAAGCACAAAGAAAGGCACAAGAUGGGAGAGGAGGUCAUUCCAUUGAGAGUACUCUCAAAGAGUGAAUGGAUGGAUCUGAAGCAAGAAUAUUUGGCCCUUCAAAAAGCCAGCAUGGCUUCCUUAAAGAAAACAAUGUCCCAAAUCAAAUCUGAGUGUCUGGAGAAGAUGGAAACAGAUAGUGGUGUACAAAAGUGUCCUCAAACAAAAAAUGUCAAAUCCACCAAUGAAGAUUCUGGCCCCCCUGAGAAAGCUAACACAAUGGGACCACAGUUUGUGAGUGGAGUAAUUGUGAAGAUCAUUAGCACCGAACCCCUACCAGGCAGGAAACACAUCAAGGAUGUUCUGGCAAUGAUAGCUGAUGUUGCUUAUGUUGACAUGCUGGAAGGAGAUAUAGAGUGUCAUGUUCGGUUUAAAACUCCUGAAGAUGCACAGGUUGUAAUGAAAGCACAUAAAGAAAUUCAGAUUAAAAACAACUGGAAACUUGAGGUCCUAACUGGUGAUCAUGAACAGCGGUACUGGCAGAAAAUUUUGGUGGACAGACAAGCUAAACUUAACCAACCUAGAGAAAAGAAGCGAGGCACAGAGAAGCUGAUUGCCAAAGCUGAAAGAAUGAGACUUGCAAAGACACAAGAGACAAGUAAACAUAUCCGCUUCUCUGAAGAUGACUGACCUAAAAUUGAUUUUAUUCUGCAAAAGGAUAUUUAAAAUAGUCACUGGAUAUUUUAACGAAAUCAUAAACUGUUCUUAUGAAGAAGUCAAAAACCAGUCCAUUUGCUUCAGUGUGCAAUUUUAUUCUAAAUUCCAUUUUUAAAUAUGCUGAGUGUUUGCUGCUCCUGAGCCUGUAGGUAAAGCUUUCUGGGAAAACAUCUCAAACAAGGUCUUGCUUUGUUUUACAUUUAGUUUUACUUCUAAUGAAUUUUUGUAUAUUGCAGUUUUAUAAACUGAAUUAUAGAAAAGAACAAAUAAAAUGUUUUAGAAAUUGA